CUAUCUUGUAUUUUAUCUAUGCUUUAAAAAAGCUUCUAAUCAAUCUUCCGAACUUUAACUCUAUUUUAUCAUAUAAUUAAUUUUAAAAGUAUGGAGAAGUUUGAAAAGCCGCAGAUAAUUUGUCAUAUCGAGAAAUCUGUAAAUUAUUCAUUAUUUGAUGCAAAAUGGAUUCCGUGUAGUACGAAGUUUGUAGUUAUGGGCUCGCGUCCUCGUGGUAGUGGUAUUAUACAAAUUUAUGAAGUUUCUAGUGGUGAAUUAAAUCUUAUUAAAGAUAUUGAAAGAUCACAACCAAUAAAAUGUGGAACUUUUAAAGCAUCUAGUUUAAGAGACAGAUAUUUAGCAACUGGUGAUUUCCAGGGUAAAUUGAAUAUCUACAAUUUAGAAGAUCCCUCAAUACCAAUUUAUACUGUUAAUGCUCACAAAGAAAUUAUAAACAGUAUUGAUGGUAUAGCUGGACAAAGUAUUGGAUGUGGUGCACCAGAAAUAGUAACUGGCUCCAGAGAUGGAGGAGUUAAAGUCUGGGAUCCUAGAUUGAAAGGUCGGCCAGUUGCUGUAAUGGAACCUAAAGAAGGAGAAACUCGUAGAGAUUGCUGGGCAGUUACAUUUGGAAAUUCAUAUAAUUCUGAAGAAAGAAUAGUAGCUGCAGGAUAUGAUAAUGGAGAUAUAAAAAUGUUUGAUUUAAAAGCAAUGGCACUUUUAUGGGAAAGUAAUCUCAAAAAUGGAGUUUGUAGUAUUGAAUUUGAUAGAAAAGAUAUUCCAAUGAAUAAGUUAGUAGCUACUACAUUAGAAUCAAAGUUUUACUUAUUUGAUUUAAAGACUCAACAUCCUAAAAAAGGAUUUUCUUAUCUAACUGAAAAGGCUCAUAAUUCAACAGUAUGGUUAGUCAGACAUUUACCACAAAAUCGUGAAAUAUUUGUUACUUGUGGUGGAGGAGGAAAUCUUUGUCUAUGGAAAUAUAAUUAUCCGGAAAAACGAAAAAUAGUAGAUAAAGAUGGUAUAGAUCAAGGAGUUGUUGGCAAUUUGACACUUUUACAAAAUAUUACAGUUUCAUCACAACCUGUUAGUUCUUUAGACUGGAGUCCAGACAAACAAGGAUUAGCUGUUUGUACUGCAUUUGAUCAGUGUUUAAGGGUGAUUAUUACUACGAAACUUAACACUUUUUAAGAAGAUAAAUUCAUUUUAAAAUAUAAUA